AUGUGGUUUUUUGCAACGACCGUCUUCGUCUCCCCAACCAUCAUCAACUGCCCAGAAGAUGCAUCUCUCCUUCUUCACGCUCAUCGCCCUCACAGCUGCGUAAACGGAAACGACGGCACUACCUUGUUUUGCAGUUAUCCCGCCGUCCAGGGUGAAGACUCCAAGGAUUUCUUCUGCGAAUACUCCUCCACUGACGGCGCGCAAACACAGGAUCACGACGCAGGCCUUUGCCCCAGUUCAGCGGUCGAGUCUUGCUCUGGCACUCGUCGUCGUGACACGCUCCCGCAACCUCCGGCCCCUCCUGUCGCCCUACCACCCGUCUCCGCACCCAACGACAAGAUGAAGGGAUUCUUCACUGCCCCGCCUCUCAAGCUACCCUUUCAAUCGUUGGACAUUCUUUGGAUUUUUUACUAG